AUGACGGGUGUCCGACGCAACCGAGCACUGCUCAACAGCGUCCAACGUAAGAUGGCCAUCCGCGUUGUUCGCGGAUAUCGCACGAUAUCGUACGAUGCGGCGACUUUGUUGGGUCGCUUUCCGCCACUCGACAUCUUGGCGGAAAUGGACGCUCGAGUGUACCAGCGACUACACAAUGUGGAAGUUGCCGAUGCGGAGCCGGCAUCAGCCGUCCGGCGAUACGAGCACCAGGUCGCUCUGGAGCAUUGGCGGGAGCGGUUGGAGGAGCCGAGAAGUUGUCGGCAGCGAGCUGUCGCAGCCGUACUUCCGUGCUUCGACGCAUGGAUGCAACGACCGGGCAACCUCACGUAUCGUCUGACGCAGGUACUGACCGGGCACGGUUGCUUCGGUGAGUACCUGCACCGGAUAGGGCGUGAGGUUGCACCGUCGUGUCACCACUGUGAAGGCAGCCUGGACUCCGCGCAGCACACACUUGCAGUGUGCCCAGCGUGGGAGUCCGAAAGGCAGAUCCUGGCUAACAGGAUCGGGCCGGAUCUGUCACUGCCCUCAGUGGUGGCAGCCAUGACUCGAGGCAAGGAGUGUUGGAAGGCCGUGGUCUCGUACUGUGAGACCGUCAUGGUCCAGAAAGAGGCCGCAGAGCGAGAUCGGGAGAGGGCCGAUCCAGCUCGGAGGCGACGGCGAAGGGCUCAGGCCAGGUGA